GUAUUUUUUGAUCUGAUGUUAUUUGAGAAGAUUGACGUGUUCAAAUAAAAUUUUUCAAAAUACUUAUAUGAUAGAUUUCAGAGGUUAUAGAAAUAUUGUUAUAGACACUGAGCAUUAUGAAGACUUUCUUUAAUAAAGCGAGACAGAAUAUUGAAUACAUACAUACGCAGAUAUUUUCAGUGAAAAAAAGUACUGGUGUAAACAUUAUUCAUGAAAAUUUUCCUUUCUAUGCCAUUAUUUUCAAAACUCAACUAAAAUGUUUGACAGAUUAUUAUUAUCACAAGAUGAAAAACACGUGGGCAUUUUAACAAUUGUGUAUAAAUAGUAAAUAAUAAUGAAAUAAGUGUACAUAUAAUAACCCUCGUGUUUUUGAGUUUUUUGAUUCUUCCCUGAUUAUAUGAAUAUUUUUCUCUGACAUUUUGCUCCCUACAUUCAAUGAUAAUAAACAUAGUUUAAAAAUGAAUUAAAUCUCAUUUAACAGUUUUAAAUAUCAUUAAACAGGGUAAAAAUAUAUAUAUGGAAGUUAAAAAUAAUUAUGAAAUUAUUAAAAUUAAAAACAAGUUAUCAAGAAGAAAAUUUUAAUUUAAAUUUGCAGAAUGUAUAACAAAACUAUAUUUAAAUUCCUUUAUAGGAAUUAUUACAUAGCUUUAUAUACAUUAAGUUACAAGUUGAAUAAAAAUUGUUAAAAAUUGUUAUUUAACAAGAUAUCAAGUGACAUGAUCUUUAUCAUAUGCAUAUGGUUAUAUUAAUCAAAUUCUAAAAUGUCAGUUGCUUCUUGUUCAAAAACUAAAAGGAUGGAUAAAAUAAAUAGUAAAGAAGAAAUGAUAUAUGGGAAAUGGGAAUGUUUUCAUAAUUGGAUACAUUGUAUAUGCAUUGUUACCUUUGAUCUUGAAUUAGGCCAAGCUAUAGAGGCUAUAUAUCCGUCUCAUAUCAAAUUAUCUGAACAAGAAAGAUCUAAUAUUUGUUAUCUUGCUUUUCCUGACUCUAACUCUGGUUGCAUGGGAGAUACACAAUAUCAUGUCAGAAUAAGACAAAAUGGAGCUAUACUUCAAGAGACUAAAGCCUUAAAAGAAUAUGAUAGAAAAUCUCCUCCAUUUUUACAAUGUGAUAAAGAUUAUUAUUGGGGUUAUGUAUAUUUCCGUCAAGUAAAAGAUAAAUCUCUUCCAAGAGGAUAUUUUCAAAAGAGUAUUGUUAUAAUUACAAAACUGCCAUUUGUGAAUCUCUUUGGUGAAUUAUGUGCUUUAAUUGCACCUGAAUUUUUUGAAAUGGGCAAUACAGUGAUGGAAGCUAUUAUAAGAGAAAUUGACCAAUGGCCAUCUCCAACACCUGGCCAAAUAGUGCAUUUACCACUUAUAGGUGUUUUAUUUCAGACUUAUAUCCCAAAUCAAAACUAUAAAGCAACUGCACCUACAAUUGCUGCCAUGGAUCAUGCGCCAAAUUUUCAUGCAACACGAAGACUAAUUUUAACAUCUGCCUAUGAAGGAGAUAUGUUUAGAAGUUUAGCUAGUGUUGUAAGUUAUGUACAUUUAUUAUGGGAAUUAGUAUUACUUAGUGAACCAAUUGUUGUUAUGGCUAGUUCACCUACUGGUUGUUCUGAAAUGGUCCAAGCACUUGUUGCAAUGAUUGCACCAUUAAAAUAUUGUGCUGAUCAUCGACCUUAUUUUACAAUUCAUGAUUCUGAAUUCAAAGAAUAUACUACAGAUGCUCCAUCACCACCUGCUGUAAUAUUAGGUGUAACUAAUCCAUUUUUUGCCAAAACUCUUCAACAUUGGCCUCAUAUUAUAAGAAUAAGUAAUGGAACUAAUAAUGAAAAUCAAAGAUACAAAAUAAAAAAAUCGGAGAAUCUUAAAGUAUUAGAUUCAAAACCAGGAGUUUAUACACAAUAUAAACCUUUCCUUCAGAAAGACAAAACUAUAUUGAAGAAAUUAUUUAGAGGUAUUCAAACAAAAAGACCAGGAGAAGCACAAACAGCUCUUUUAAAACGUCAUUUAAUAGAAUUAACUGAAAGUUUCAUGAUACCUCUUGAAAGAUAUAUUGCAAGUCUUAUGCCAUUACAAAAGGACAUAUCACCUUUUAAAGCUACACCCAUACCUGAAUUAUUUAAUCCAGAUGAUUUUUUAGCUACUUUAAGUAGCGCUGGACCACAAUUAACUACUGGUAUAAAAGGAGAUUGGGUUGGAUUGUACCGACGAUUUUUUCGUUCACCUAACUUUUCUGGUUGGUUUCAUACUAGAUAUACAGAAUUAUCACAAAAGUUACAAGUCAUACAACUUGAGGCAUUAUCACAAGCGGAUUUAAAAACUUGGGUACAAGGAAAACAAGAGGUAGAAUUAGUAGAUAUGAUUCUUAGAAUUCGACAAAAAUUAGAAAAAACUUAUAUUGAUGAAGUACCUAUAGGAAAUUCUGUAAGAGAAAAGCUUCAAGAAAGAAUAAAUGACAUCACACAUACCUUACCAGAUGAUUUGAAAGAUAUUUUGAAUCAUGAAUCUUGACAUUACGAUUAUCGUAUUAAUUUUAAAAUUCGGUAAUCGCUAUUCAAAUCAUCAAUUUGAUGAAAGAUUUAGGUCAAAAAUAUUUCUUAAAAUUGCUCUCUAAUGGUAAAUAAUUAACAAUUGAAUUGAAAGAAAAUAAUAUUGGUAAAAAUAUAUAGAACAUAUAAAGAGCAAAAAAAUAUAGGAAAAUAAUUAUGUUUUGUAUUUUAAAAAAAAUAAUUUAUUUUUAUUUGAGAUUUCAUUUUUUUAUUUAAAUGAUUAAAUACUCCAAAGCGGAUAUUACAGGACCAUAUAUUCUUUUUAUAUGUAACAUGAAACGUGAUAUAAAAGUCAAUAAUGGUGCGUGAAAUAUUCCAUAGGUGCAACUAAAGACUUAUGAAUAAUAACUCAUAUUAUUAUUCCUACAUGGAUAAAAUGUUAGAUAUAUUCAUGAUACUUUUUUUUAUAAAUGAUUAUGUUGUUUCAUAAUAUUUUAUAAUUUA